AUGGCUCCUUUUGAAGCUCUGUACGGGAGAAAGUGCCGAACGCCCUUAUGUUGGUUUCAGGAAGGGGAAAAGGUGUUAACAGGACCAGAGCUCAUUCAGCAGACGACUGAGAAGGUGAAACUGAUCCAAGAAAGGUUGAAGACGUCCAGGAGCAGACAGAAGUCCUACGCUGACAAAAGAAGAAGGUCGUUGGAGUUCAAUGCAAGAGAUCACGUUUUCCUUAGACCAUAUCCGACCACUGGUGUAGGGAGAGCCGUUCGACCUAAGAAGUUAUCCCCCAAGUUCGUCGGACCUUAUCAAAUCUUGAGGAAGAUCGGACCAGUGGCGUACGAGUUGUCCUUACCGCCUCAGCUAUCUAAUCUUCAUCCAGUCUUCCACGUUUCUCAACUUCGGAAGUACAUUGCCGAUCCUUCACACGUAUUGGAGUUAGAAGACGUUCGUCUUCGUCAAGACCGAACGUUGGAAAUGCAACCUGUACGUGUGGAAGAUAGCCGCACCAAAUAUUACAAGAGGAAAGCAAUCCGAUUGGUGAAAGUCAUCUGGGACGAGAAGACGGGCGACUCUACAUGGGAAGUGAAGGAUGCCAUGAAAGAUUUGUAUCCCCAUCUGUUCGAGCCUCAGUCCUAA